AUGGCCUUGAUCAAGAACGUCGCCCUCAUCGGGAAAGGACUGUUCGGCUCCGUCGUCCUUCCCGCUCUGGUAGACGCGGGCUUUAACGUUACCGUCUUCAGUCGAUCGGAGAAGAACAAGGAUACCCUCCCUGCCGGUGUCGCGCAUGCCAAAGUGGACUACGAGUCGGUGGACAGCAUGACAGAGGCAUUCCGGGGCCAAGAUGCCAUCGUCUCGACCAUUGGCUUCGACUCCAUCCUCGCACAAAAGCCGAUGAUUGAUGCGGCCGUCGCAGCUGGCGUCAAACGCUUUAUUCCGGCCGACUACACCAGCUUCUCAACCGACCCGACGGCAGCCCAGCUUCCGCAGCAUCUGCCCCUCAAGGCCGUACAGACGCACCUGCAGGACUACGCGCAUGCAGGACGAUUGGAGUACACCAUUGUUGCUACGGGUGUCUUUCUGGAGUUUCUGAUCGAUUACGGCUUCGCUGUGAAUUUGAAGGAAAAGUCCGCGCAGCUGUGGGGAGAGGGCGACCACCCUGUUUCGGCGACGAGUCUCGCGGCAGCGGCCAGGGCCGUGGCCGCGGUGCUCAAGAAUCCGGAGGAGACCAAGAAUCGCGCCGUCUUCGUCCAUGAGCUGGCUGUUUCGCAGGCUAAGAUCUUGGCCCUCGGCAAGGAGAUUGCGCCCGCCGGCACGGAGUGGACGGUGGCCAAGUUUGAGGAUCCGAACGCCGAGUUCGAGAACCGUCUCCAGGCCGUACUGCAGAAGCCGGAGAUGUCCACGAUUAUGGCACUCAUCGUGGCGACGCUCUUGUCUGGACAGUUCAAGGCGCAGUUUGGCCAGCUUGACAAUGACCUUCUCGGGGUGAGGACGCUUACUGAGGAUGACCUCAAGGCGAGAGUGGCUUCCGCGUUGAGCUGA